GCACACAUUCACAGAUAGGUGAUGAGUCUACGCGGAACUGCAACAAAGACCUGGUGGACAAGGUUAAGAGCAAUCAGGGAAAUCGGCUGGAGUCAGUUCAAGUUAGUAUAGAAGUAAUUAUCGCGGCGAAACGGUCGAUUCCGGAUUCCGUGGGCGCUUCAAAUUGUUGCUCGAGUCGAAUCGUUUUUCGCGCAACAGUUGACUCCGAAAUCGUGUUGUUGUCGCCAUGCUGGGAAAAAAAUCAAUACCGACGUCAGUGCGUAUAUUCGGCGCGUAUAUUUCACGAUGUUACAUGAGAUAAAAUUCGAAGUUCCGUGAAACGAUUAUACGCCCGGACGACGCUCCGAUUCAAGUAUUCACUGUCUCUCGCACGCAUCUCCCAUUCAUUCACUCUCGAUUAAAUUCAUCUGAAAAAUCGAGAUCCUAUGCAUUCCCCAAGAUGCGUCGCAAAUAUCGUUUCACCACGAUUUUGUUACGACACCGCAUCCUCUGAAAUGUUCCGGAAUGGAUAAUUUCACGAUCUGACUGGCGUGCAUUUAUCUAACCUUUACUUGAUUUACUACCCCCGUAAUUUUUCCAUAUUGGAAAGCGAUACAUGUUACAGAAACUGGGCGAGUAUGGAUUCUAACAGAUAUUACAGAAAUCAGUUUGACGACUACGCCAGCUCUGGCAAUCUCAAUAUAGUCGUGAACGAUGGCAGUAUGAUUCACGAUGCAUUUAAAUCAGUGCUAACCGUGGAAACUAAGAAGCUGAUGGAGAUCCUGGAGGAAAACGAAAGGAUGUGGCUCAGCAGGGACGAUUAUUCAGUAUACACCGGAUCAGCGGGGAUCGCAUACACAUUUUAUCACUAUGGGAAAUCUUUCAAUGACGCCGCAUACAUCAAAAAAGCAACAGGUUUAUUAGAAAGGUGUGUUACAAAGUUUAAAAGCAGGCAUGAAAUCACAUUUCUGACGGGAGUUGUAGGACCCUUAGCAUUAACAGCAGUAAUAUUACAUUCGCAGCGCAAAGAAGAGGAAGCUAAGCAAUUGAUCCUGAAGCUGAAAUCCCUAGCUACUUACGUUAUAGAGAAACGUAGCGAUGUUCCAGACGAGUUGUUGUAUGGGAGAGCCGGGUAUCUAAGCGGUUUGCUCUACAUAAACGCGAAUAUAUCGCCACCUCCUAUAGAACCCGACAUCAUUAAGCAGGUUGUCACUACAAUAAUUAAUUCCGGGAGAAUGUACGCUUCUGCGAAUCAUUGUCAGUCGCCUUUAAUGUACUCUUGGCAUGAAACGGAAUAUCUUGGCGCCGCUCACGGAUUGGCAGGCAUACUGUACUUACUACUGCAGGCGCGACAAUACCUGACGCAGGUACAAAUGGACAGUUACGUGAAACCAUCGUUGUACUUUCUUCAACGAUUACAAUUCCCUUCCGGUAACUUUCCUUCCUCUAUGGAGAGCCACUCCGACAAAUUGAUACAUUGGUGUCACGGAGCUCCCGGAAUGUCGGCACUGUUUUGUUUAGCCCAUAAGGUGUUCGAGGACAACACGUUUCUCGACACUGCGGUCCGGUGUGCGGAGGUGAUCUGGCAAAGAGGAUUGUUAACCAAAGGGUACGGCAUUUGCCACGGCGUUUCUGGAAAUGCCUACGCCUUCCUUCAUCUGUUUCAGCAUACACAGGACAUCAAGUAUUUAUAUCGAGCCUGCAGAUUUGCCGAAUGGUGCUUCCAUUAUGGGACACAUCAGUGUCGAGCUCCUGAUAGACCUUUCUCUAUGUUCGAAGGUCUUGCUGGCGUUAUUUAUUUCUUAGUAGACAUGCAGCAACCACAUAUGGCUAAAUUUCCGUCAUACGAUAUUUAAGAUAUCUUGGACACAUCUAGAAUAUAUCUGAUACGUGUAUACGUGUACGAACACUUAAGGAGAAAAAUGUUCUAAAGAGCUGAAUAAAUUGAAUUGUAUCACA